ACGUUGCCUUGAAUACUACGCAUGCGUAACAAUCACCAUCCCCAAGCAGACGGUGAAAUAAAAUAUCCACGUGUACUACAGAAAAGCAGGUGUCUGAAGAGGUGGUUUAUUUGCCCUUGCCAAAAUGAACCGAGCCUUCAUUUCUCCGGUGGUGAGGCCGAACCUUCCUCUACGCAGACCCGCCACUGACCCCGGUGUUGUGUCCCCAUCUUGUUCAUUGUCUCCUGUACCAACUGAGUUAGGCGGUUACCGGGUACCAGAGCAAUCUACACCAGAGGUCAAAGGAGCCAUAAACAGACAGGAGCCAGACAGACCUGUGUGUGCAAACGACCUCUCUACGAUAAUGCUCGCCAUGCCUGGAUCCACAACAGUGAAGUUGUGUAACUACUGCGGUCAACAAGGUCAGCUAAGAUGUUCCAGCUGCAAGAAGACCAACUACUGCUCCGUUACCUGUCAGUCAGAGGACUGGCCCGCACAUAGACACAUCUGCAAGACUACUGAUUCAGAGGUCGACCAAAGUGAGAAUCCAAAAGAAAGCCCAGUCAUGUCUGCUGCAGCUGGAGCCAGUGUGGUAGAAUCCAAGUCUUCUCAACAGGUGAAUGCCAGGGAUGCUCCUCAGACUAAGAGGGUCUACUUGCAGGACCUAAGCAAAAAUGACAUUCCCAAAGGAAGUGAGAUCCAGGCCUUAGUGGUGGAUGUGCAAAACCCCAGCAAGUUCUUCAUCCAUGUCCAUGACUCAUCUAUGAAGGAGACUCUGAGAAAGAUUUCCAUGGAGCUGCAGAAGACCUGUGCCGGCUUAUCUGUUGCCCCACACAGACCUGAGGCUGGAGAGAUCUGUGCUGUCAAAUACUCCCAGGACCAGCACUGGUACAGAGGCCUGGUGCAGUCUAUCAGUGGAGACCAACAGCACGCCAGCGUUCUGUACAUUGACUUUGGGAACGAAGAAGAUGUCCCACUCGUGCGGAUCAAGCCUCUUCCCGACAGCAUUGACCGCGCAGCUCCAAGCGCCCUGCAGUGUCGCGUAGCAGGAGUGGCAGCAGGAGCGGGGGGCUGGAAGGAGGAGUGUAGCCUCUUCCUCAAGCAGCUCCUCUUCGGGAAGAGCGUGGCCGUCCAUGUGCUGAACGUCACCGGGGAGGGCCGGAGCCUCUACACCGUGGAUAUGAAACUGGCCUCAACGGAUAAGGUCCUGAGCAGCUUCCUCCUGGAGCAGGGCUAUGCUGUGAAAGAAGUCGCCCCGACCACGGAGCAAGAGAUUGACUCCAUGCUAAACGCGUCUGUGGAGGAGUGCCUUUGCCAGUCGGACACCAACAACAACAACAUGGAGGCCCAGCACCCUGCCCAGCUCACGCAGGAGGUGGGAGACUCCUUCACAGCCGUGGUCACUUACCUGCUCUCUCCCUCCGACAUCGUCUGCCAGAUGGUGGAGAAUUCUUGUGUGAUCCAGCAGCUGCAGUUGAAGCUGAAGGAGCACUGCUUCCUCACUCAGCCCAGCCAGAGCUUCAGGCCCACCCCAGGGUCCAUCUGUUGUGCCCUCUUCUCUGAGGAUAACGAGUGGUACCGGGCGAAGGUGCUGAAGCAUACUUCAGAGACGCGCGUCUCCGUGAGCCUCAUCGACUACGGUAACGUGGAGGAGGUGGAGCUGGCUCUCCUGCUGCCCAUCAGCGAGGACCUGCUCACGUUAGCUGCACAGGGUAUCCCCUGCAGCCUGACAGGCGUCCGGCCCCCUGAGGGCGGCUGGCCGGAGGAGGCCGUCUGGAUGCUGAAGAGGCUGGUGUCCAACCGCUUUCUGCGCGUGGACGUGCUCGGCCGCCGGCCCGGUCGUACCCUGGUGGCCAUAGUGGACGAGGCCAGCGACCCGCAGACAGACGUGGGCGAGCUGCUGGUGUCCAUGGGCUAUGCCCUCGCCGAGCCCAAAGCUCCCCCACCAGAGUCCUCGCCGCAGGGGAAGCCCCAGCCCAAGAGUGGAGCCGGCCUGGGAGCCAUACCCAAAACCCCCGUGGUGAACGCCCCAAAGGCUCAGAAGCUGGAGUGGUCCUGCGCUGAACUCCCGUGUGAAGGCCAGCUGGCAGUGAUGGUGGCUGUGGUUAUUGAGAACCCGGGCCAGUUCUACUGCUACCGCUACAUACCUGAAGACCAACAGGCGUUGGCAGAGCUGUCUGCUGAGCUGCUGAAACACUGUCAGGGAGAAACGGCUCCAUUCAGCCCAGUGGUGGGAGAGCCCUGCUGUGCUCUCUUCUCUGAUGGCAGCUGGUACCGAGCCAUGGUGCAGAGUGUGGGGGCUGAUGGGAAGGUGCAGGUGUAUUUCGUGGACUACGGGAACAACAGCACAGUGGAGGCGACACACCUGAGGACCAUAGAGCCACGGCUGCUCACCCUUCCCUUCCUGGCCAUCCGCUGCUGGCUGGCAGGUGUGGAGCCAGUGGGCGGCCAGUGGACUCCGGCUGCCAUUCAGAGAAUGCGUGGGCUGUGCGUUGGCAAGUACCUGACCGGACGCGUCAUCUCCAUCACUGAGCGAGGCUAUGGCAUCGAGCUCCAAUCAGACACCCACAGCAUCGCGGGAACACUCAUCUCAGAGCAGCUGGCCAAACCGCCCAAUCUUAACCAAACAUCUUCGCCACACGCUCCCAGCGCAGCCAAUCAGAGCCAACCUCCUGCCCCUCGCACUCCCACUCCCACUGCAACCAGUCAGAGCCAGGCCCCUACCCCGAGCAUUGCCAGUCCCACCAAUCAGAACCAGGCGCCAGCAACACGCCCUCCUAGUAUAACCAAUCAGAGCCAGGUCUUAACCAAUGCCACAAGUCAACCUCAGGCUUCAGUCACUCUUUCUCCAGUACCCACCAAUCAGAGCCAGGGUCCUAGUACACGCCCUUCUGGUGCCACCAUUCACAGAGAGCCACUGGCUGCAGCUCCACCAAUGAAGCUUCCCACCGCGGAGCAGAGAAAAGCGUCCCAGCCUACUCCUACCUUUCCGCUGGACUGGAAGACGGAGGAGCUGCCUUGUAACCAGCCUUUCGUGCCGCAGGUGGCGGCCGCCAUCAGCCCUGCACUCUUCUACAUAAUGAGUUCCGCUGAAGUUAACGCAGAUCAGAUCCAUGCCCUGAUCAUGGAGGUGGACAACUACUGCAGACAGGCCUCACCCAGCCAGACCAAACCCUUGCCGGGUGCGGCAUGCUGUGCCCAGUUCUCAGGAGAUAAGAAGUGGUACAGGGCCGUGGUUCUGGGCGUCAGCAGCUCCAAGGUCAGUGUGAUCUUCGCCGAUUUUGGGAACAUGGAGGAGGUUCCGUUCUCCCACGUCCUGCCCAUCCCUAGAGACUUCCUCCAGAUUCCCGUCAGGAUUGUGCGGUGCGCCCUCUCUGGUAAGGAGCGUUUCCCUUCCGUGUGGCCUGAAGGGGCCAUGGAGGUCUUCGGAACGCUGCUCAGCGGCAGCCUCCAGGCCUCCGCUCAGGCCUUCGAUGGCACUCUCAACCUGCUGGACAUCACCCACCAGGCCAAUGGCCCCAUCAGUUCCCUCCUGCUACAGAGCCUCCAGGGGGCCCAGGCUGGGGCCAGUGCUCAGGAGGCCCCGGAGCAGAGCACGGUCGUGCAACAUCACCUCAGCAGCGCCCCUCUACCUAGGGCUCAAGCCAAGAGUCCAGUGGCAGCUCCAGCCAAACCUCUACACAGCACGCCCAAACAGGCUCCUCCAGUGACAGGUGGCCUGAAGAUGCCGGAAGCCAAAGACACACUAGGCAGCACCGGCUCAGUGCUUAAUGAUGCCGCUCACACGCCAUGCUGCUGCAGUGAAUUGAAGAACAAGAUGGAAAAGCUUGAAGACCUCAUUGUACAUCUGAUGCAGCAGAUAAACGGAUGGCAGAAUUCUGUGAUCCACUGAGUUAAAAGAGCCUGUAUUUUAUUUUAACAAAGUUUUAUUGUUUAAUGUUGAAAAAAAAUUAUGUUGCCCAAGCAAAGAUGAUGGCGGCCAUAUAUGUUUUUUGACAAAGUCUGUUUUAUUUUAUUUUACUUGCUGGACUUGUAGUUGUCUUGGUCAAUUGAGUGGUGUUCCUGUUCUGUUCAAAGCACAGUAAAACAAAAAAAGUUC